AUGAAUCCUUCAAUCCCACCUUCAACGGCCGAAUACGGCGGAGAUGAGGUUUCUGCUAUUGUGCUCGAUCCCGGAUUUUCCACCACGCGCGCCGGUUUUGCUGGAGAAGAUGCCCCGAAAUCAUUGGUCCCUACAUACUACGGAAAAUACUCCUACGAAGGUCAAGAAAAGCUUAUCUUCGGCGACGAUGUCUUCGUCACUCCCCGUCCCGGGCUGUCAAUCCACAACCCAAUAGGUAGAGAUGGGAUUGUGGAAGACUGGGAUAUGGCAGAGAAAGUGUGGGAAUAUUCGUUCGCGUCGCGUUUAACAGGAGCCAAGCCAGGGAAUCCUUUGCACAACGGCUUGAAUGAUGUCUCUAAUGGCGAACUUCCCGCGGAUAUGGAGGUUGAGGAUACCGAGAAACCACUCGCAGAUAGCCCGCUGUUGAUGUCAGAGUGCGGGUGGAAUCCCACCAAGGCGCGCGAAAAGACUAUUGAGAUUGCCAUGGAGAAUUGGGGAACGCCAGCCUUCUAUCUGGCGAGAAAUGGUGUUCUUUCUGCAUUUGCUGCAGGAAAGGCAUCUGCCCUUGUAGUCGAUAUCGGCGCUUCCAACAUCUCGGUGACGCCAGUCCAUGACGGCAUGAUCUUGAAACGUGGUGUCCAACAUUCUCCUCUGGGGGGUGAUUACAUCUCGUCACAAAUUCGCGCGCUUUUCAAGAACAACUCCCCCCAACCGAUCACCAUCACGCCUCACUAUCUCAUCUCCUCCAAGAACGGCGUCGAGGCAGGCCAGCCCGCGCAAGCCAAUUACAAGACCUUCCCUCCCGAGAAGGCACCAGACGCAUCCUACCGAACCCUCCUCGAGGAGCGCUCGAUAUCCGAGUUCAAGGAAUCCGUCGUCCAGGUCUGGCCCGGCCCAACCAAGCUCGCCGCUAUUGGUCCCGGCGGGGUUCCGAACGAAGAAAUGGCCAAGACCACUCCAGCACGGCCCUUCGAGUUCCCCGACGGCUACAACCAACUCUUUGGCGUUGACCGCUAUCGCGUGGUAGAAUCGCUAUUCGACGCCAAAGCCGCGAUUGCCGACCCUGAAUCGCCGUUCCCCGCGCCGACGCAGGCACAAACAGUCACGGAACUUAUCAAAAGCGCCCUCAACGGCGUCGAUGUUGACAUCCGCCCUCACCUGCUGGCGAACGUCGUUGUCACUGGAGCUUCCAGCUUGCUCUACGGCUUCACGGACCGUUUGAACCAAGAGCUUAUGCAGACCUUCCCCGGUCCUCGCGUGAGGAUAUCGGCACCUGGUAACACAUCGGAGCGGAAGUUUGGCUCUUGGGUUGGUGGAAGUAUCCUUGCUAGUUUGGGAACUUUCCAUCAAAUGUGGAUCUCGAAGAAGGAGUUUGAUGAACAUGGGCCGAAUAUUGUGGAGAAGCGUUGCAAGUAG